AUGAGGGCUCAACCACCCCCUAGAAAAUCUAACUGGUCUUUAAUAGUUAAUACUGUAAUUAAAAUAAGAAGAUUUUAUUCGUGUCACAGGCUUCGCAAAAGAUGGAAUAUUCAUCAAAUUCAUAGAGUCCAAUACAAGAGGUUUAUAGCAAGAUCACCAACCCUAGAAUUCAGGUCCGAAGAUAUGUUCAAUAUACCAACAAAUAUGAUUCCUAAAGACACUAAGAAAAAACCUUUAAUGAUUGCUUCCUUUCCUGAAGGAUGUUCUAAUUCUCCACAACUUAAUGUGUUACAAAGGAAUGAAAAAUCAAGGUUAUUCUUGAGCAGAAGAAGGUAUAAGUUAAAAAAUAUAGAUAAUAAAAAUUUUAAACCAGUUCCUAGAAUUGGUUCUGACAGCAUGAACCCCCUCUAUCCAUGUGCAGAGACGGUCAGAUCGAUUAAACAACUAACCAAUCGCCAUGCCGACGUCAGAGUGGUAUUCCAUAAUAGUAAUGUUAUUAAAAGCACAAGAUUGCGUAAGGAGCAAGAAGAUGGAGUUACACCACAACUAAUUCAAUUUGAUAAUGAAAGAACGAUACGUUUGGAUGAUUAUCCAGCACUAUCACGACGAAAUGGUAAACGGGAUGGCAAUAACUCUGAACUGGCAAAGGUUUCUCAAAACGAUAAACCGGGACCACCCAUUUACAAAAAUACGAGACACUUUAUCAAGAUAACAUACUUUAAGAAUUCAGAUAUUAUAUCACAUUCUUCUUUUUUGGAUUCAACUUUACGAACUUGGUGA